AUGAUCCGCGCCCUGAAAGCACGGUUCGCACCUCGCAACGGCCGCAAGAUUGCCUCAGGUCACUUGGAAUUUGACUUCGACGAGUCCGCCAUACCUGACCUCGGUGAUGACGGUGAUGACCGUCUAGAAGCUCUUUUUUCCGAGCACCUGCUGGAAUUGACCACGUUCACAUUGAGACUGACAUGCAAGACUCUUGGCAGCGGUGCUGAGACCCUUGCAAAGGGUCUGGCAAGUCUGGUCAAGCUCAGAAACUUGCAAGUUCAUUUAGGCAGCUGCAGCGUUGGUGAUGACGGUGCUGUAGCUCUGGCAAAAUCCUUGGGUGAGCUGACUCAGCUCACCAGUCUGGAGUUCAGUUUGGAACACAACUGUGUUGGGGAUAAAGGUGCAGUGACUCUUGCGACGUCAUUGGAAAGGCUUUUGGAGCUCACCAGUUUGCAACUGAAUCUGGCAGCAAACAGUGUGGGUGACGAAGGUGCCAAAGCUCUUGCAAGAUCCUUCCGCAAUCUUAAAAAACUUACCGAAUUGCAAGUCAGUUUGAAAAGCAACAGUGUUGGUGACGAGGGUUCUGCAGCUCUGGGAGAUGCCUUGGGCAAUCUCACGCAGGUCACCAAUUUGCAAGUAAAUCUGGAACGUAACAAAGUUUUUGAUGAGGGCGCUAUGGAACUUGCGAAGUGCUUCAGCAAUCUAGUGCACCUUAUCAAGUUGCAAGUGAUUUUGGGACACAACAGACUUUGUGCUGCGGGUGCCAAAGCUCUUUCAGCAUCCUUCAGCAAUCUUGUGCAGCUGACCUGUUUGCAAGUCUCUUUCAAAAGCAACAGUGUUGGUACUGAAGGUGACACAAUAGCUCUUGCAAAAUCCUUCGCAAGGCUUUCACAGCUGACAAACUUGCGGGUGGACUGGGCAGAGAACAGUCUUGGUGAUAGAGGCACAGGAGCUCUUGCUGAGUCUUUAGGUAGCCUUGGGCAGCUCACUAGCUUGGAAGUCAAUUUUGCACACAACAAUGUUUCUGAUGAAGGGGCCCAAACUCUUGCUGAAUGUCUUGGCAAUCUUGCGCGGCUGACGAAUUUGCAAGUGAUUCUGGAAGACAACGUUGUUGGAGGUGAAGGCGCUGUAGCUCUGGCAGGAUCCUUGGGCAAGCUGACUCAGCUCGCCAAGUUGAAGUUCAGUUUGGAACACAACUGUGUUGGUGAUAAAGGUGCAGUGGCUCUUGCGACGUCAUUCGAAAGCCUUCUGGAGCUCACCAGUUUGCAACUGAAUCUGGCAGCAAACAGUGUGGGUGACGAAGGUGCCAAAGCUCUUGCAAGAUCCUUCCGCAAUCUUAAAACACUUACCGAAUUGCAAGUCAGUUUGAAAAGCAACAGUGUUGGUGACGAGGGUUCUGCAGCUCUGGGAGAUGCCUUGGGCAACCUCACUCAGGUCACCAAUUUGCAAGUGAAUCUGGAACACAACGGUGUUCUUGAUGCUACAGAACUUGCAAGGUGCUUUGGCAAGCUUGUGCAGCUGACACAUUUGCAAGUGAAUUUGGGAGACAACAGACUUGGUGCUGACAGUGCCAAAGCUCUUGCAGCAUCCUUAAGCAAGCUUGAACAGCUGACUUGCUUGCAUGUUGAUCUGCUCGGCAACAGUGUUGGAGACCAAGGUGGCAUAGCUCUUGCAGAAUCCCUGCACACACUUGUUAAGCUGACGAGUUUGCAACUUGAUUUGCAGGGCAACCUCAUUGGACAUAAGGUGGCCGAAGGUGGUUUGCAGGGCAGCAUCGUUGGCCACGAGGUGGCCGAAAUUCUGGCCACAUCUUUGGAAAGACUUGUGCAGCUCAACGAUUUGGAAUUGAAUUUAGCGGGCAAUAUGCUUGGAGCUGAGGGUGCCGUAGAUGUUGCAAGAUCCUUGGGCGUUCUGAAAGGGCUGACGAGUCUGAAAGUGAAUUUGGGAGACAACGGAGUUGGUACUGGAGGUGAUGUAGAUGUAGCUGCAGCUUUGGCAGAGUCUUUGAACAACCUGAUGCAGCUUGCCACAUUGCAAGUGAGUUUGGAACGCAGCAGUGUUGAUGAUGCUGCUGAGGCUCUUGCCACAUCCAUUGGCAAUCUCAAGCAAGUCACCAAUCUGCAAGUCCGUUUCAAAAGCAACAGUAUUGACUCUACAGAUGCAAGGUAUCUUGCAGAAGCCUUUGAAAGCCUUGCACAGCUGACAGAAUUGUGGGUGGACUGGGCAGACAACAGCAUUGGUGAUGAAGGCGCAAAAGGACUCGCAACAUCUUUGGGCAGUCUCAAGCAGCUGACUAGAUUACAGGUCAAUUUGACUCGCAACAAUGUUGGUGACACAGGCAUCAAUCCUCUUGCUGAAUCUCUUGGCAAUCUUGUGCAGCUGACGAAUUUGCAGCUGAUUUUGGAAGAUAACGUUGUUGGUGGCAAUGGGGUUGUAGCUCUGGCAGAAUCCUUGGGCAAACUUGUCCGGGUCUCCAGUUUGCAAGUGAAUCUGGAACGCAACAGUGUUGGUCAAGCUGGUGCUGUAGCCCUUGCGAACGGCUUCAGCACUCUUGUGCGGCUCGCGAAUUUAGAACUGAAUCUGCAGGCUAGUGGUGUUAACGAUGGAGCUGUUGAUGUGUUGGGAGAGGCUUUGGAGAAGCUCACCAAGCUCACCAACCUGGAAGUUGAUUUGCGGAGCAACCCACACGUAGAUCUUGAAUGUGUGAAGACCUUCAGGGCCAGGCUUUCCCUUGUGCCGAUGCUCUUGACUUAUCACGAUGAUGACGACGAUGAUGUUAAGAAUCUUAGCUCGCUGGACAAUGCAAUUUGACUUGGUCGUCGAUGACGAAAAGGCGGAGUGGCUGGCGACACGGUGUUUGCCUAGAGUCCUAGAGCCCCAGUUGAGAAGAAAAUCACCAGAAACGAUCAUGCCCAGCUUCUCCACAGCCGCAGGCAGUCUGUUUAAGAAGCACCACCUCCAUGCCGUGCCAUUGGGGUCCACGCACGUGAUGCGAUGGGGUUCGUGCGUCGCAGAACUAUGCGACACAUGCCUCUGUCCAGGUGUUUGUUUAGAGCGACACACUCAUGAAUUUCAAGUUCCACAAUUUGAACAUGACUCAAGGCCUCUUUCUUUUUGAACAA